GCGGCAGGCGGCGCGGAGCGGGAAGCAGAACGCGGGGGCCCUGCCCUCCCAGGCGCGGGGUCCCGCAGCGCCAGGUCCGCGCCCUGGAGUCAGCGCCAGGUUCCCGCGAGGUCCUCAGGAGCCCUCAAGGUGGCCAGUGUGCAGCUCCCGGGCGACAGAGCACCCUGAAGAUGCAGAAUGGCAGCGCGGCCGCCCGCCAGCCUCUCCUACCGCACCACGGGCUCCACCUGCCUGCACCCGCUCAGCCAGCUCCUCGGCAUCCCGCUAGAUCAGGUUAACUUUGUGGCUUGCCAGCUCUUCUCCUUGUCCGCUGCUUUCUGGUUCAGACUCUACUUACAUCCUGGUAAAGCCAGCCCUGAGAUCCGGCACACCUUGGCCACCCUUUUGGGCAUCUAUUUUGUUGUGUUUUGUUUUGGUUGGUAUGCUGUACAUCUCUUUGUGCUGGUGUUGAUGUGUUAUGGGGUCAUGGUCACUGCAAGUGUAUCCAACAUUCACAGGUAUUCCUUUUUUGUAGCAAUGGGCUACCUUACGAUAUGCCACAUCAGCCGCAUAUACAUCUUCCACUAUGGAAUUCUCACUACAGAUUUUUCUGGGCCUCUGAUGAUUGUCACUCAGAAGAUCACAACCUUGGCUUUCCAAAUUCAUGACGGGUUAGGUCGAAAAGCUGAAGACCUUUCUGCUGAGCAACACCGACUUGCUGUGAAAGUGAAGCCCUCGCUUUUAGAAUACUUAAGCUACCAUCUCAACUUUAUGAGUGUCAUAGCUGGCCCUUGUAACAAUUUCAAGGACUACGUAGCCUUCAUUGAAGGGAGACAUAUACACAUGAAGUUGUUGGGAGUGAACGGGAAGCAAGGAGGUUUCCACAGUCUGCCCGGACCUUCUCCCACUGGAGCUGUGAUACAGAAGUUGUGCCUGACCUUGAUGUCUCUCCUGUUGUUUUUGACACUCUCUAAGUCUUUUCCCGUCACCUUCCUUAUUGAUGACUGGUUUGUACAUAAAGCCAACUUUCUGAGUCGUCUCUGGUACUUAUAUGUCGUCAUGCAAGCCGCAAAGCCCAAGUAUUACUUUGCAUGGACAUUAGCGGACGCGGUGCACAAUGCAGCUGGCUUUGGCUUCAGUGGCAUGGAUGCGGAUGGGAAUUCUCGUUGGGAUCUACUGUCUAACCUGAACAUCUGGAAGAUUGAGACUGCCACGAGUUUCAAAAUGUACUUGGAAAACUGGAAUAUUCAGACAUCUGCAUGGCUGAAAUGUGUGUGCUAUGAGCGGGUUCCCUGGUACCCCACUGUGCUCACCUUCCUGCUGUCUGCUCUGUGGCAUGGUGUCUACCCUGGAUACUAUUUUACAUUCUUAACUGGAGUCCCCGUCACAUUGGCAGCUAGAGCGGUGAGGAACAACUACAGACACCACUUUCUGUCUUCCAAAGCGUUAAAGGUUGCCUAUGACGUGGUUACUUGGGCUGUCACUCAGUUGGCUGUCUCUUACACGGCAGCGCCCUUUGUCAUGUUGGCCGUUGAGCCAACCAUCAGUUUAUACAAGUCCAUGUUCUUUUUCUUACAUAUCAUAUGUCUGCUGAUAAUCCUUUUCCUGCCAAUCAGACCAUGCCAGCCUCAAAGGCAGUCUCAGAGUCCAAAUUCUGCAAAGAAGAAGGCAGACUGAUACCCACAGAGAAACGAUGAACAACAGAAUUGCGGGACAUUGGAAAGACAUAACGGACAGGCUCAAGGGUUCUCCAGUGACUUGGAGGAGAUGUUUACAUGUAUUUUUUUUUCACUGCAGGGAAUAUUUUUAUAAGUCUUUUUUUGUACUGUUAAAUCAUUUCUAGCGUUGUCUGCAUACUUUACAGGGCCUUUUAGCAACACAGUGUAGAGAAGAGGCCACUAGGUAGGCUCUUCUGAAGUCAUUUGCACCUACUGAAAUCUGGAAGCAUGAAUCCAGCCAUUGCCUCCAACACUUAGGAGGUGUCUGCUGAGAUGACUUGUCUAGAUUUUGGAAAUCAGAACAUUCCCAGGCAUGAUUUUCUCUUGGCAACUUCAGACCUUUGGGUGUGUGACUUACCAGUCUCUAGACACAACUCUUAUGCUCAAAAGCCCUUGGAAGAAAAAGAUUGUGGAGGGAAGUUUUCAGGGUAUAGAAAAAACCUCCCAAAACUGGGAAGAUUAACCCUGAAUUCUUGAAUGGAUAGGUGUGCCUUCAAACCGGCUUCAUAUCACCCCCAACCCUGCCAGGAAUGUACCAUUCCCAUUUUUUCCUUCUGAAUUGAGCCAAGAAUGGACAUCAGAAAGCUGCCUGCAGGCCUCGGGAACUGGGGAGGGGAGUGGGGGCUACUGGUGUCCAUUUCCCGUGCUUUGAUCUGCUUGACUUGUAUUGGCCCUGAGAAGGCACCCAGAUACCAACACUGUCAAAGGUGACCAAAUGUCUUUUCAAGAAAUGCUUUCAGCAUGCAGAGGCUCUCUUUCCUCUCUGCAUAUCAUGGAAGUGUCAAUGACCACGGCCAACGUGUAGACACUAGGUAACGUUUGUGAAGGAUUAAAUCCAGCUUUAGUUUGGGUGAACUGUCACGUUGGGAAGCUGUAAGCGAACGGCAGUGCUCUACUCUGUCUUUAUUAUGAAUGUGCUAUGGCUCCUUUGGGGGAUUUCUACUGGAUAAAAUAGUCUAUGUGAAAGAAGGAAACGUAAUAUUUAAAAUGUGGGAAAUAAUAAUAAUAAUAAUAAUAAUAAUAAUAAUAAUAAUAAUAAAUAAUGAAUAUAUGCUUCAAUGAUGUGCCUCAAUCAAAUGGCCUGGGAGGUGAAAAUUUGUUCUGACCAGAUGAUAAAAAAAAAUUAGUUUCUCACUGAAUAAAUAAUAUAUUUCUAUUUUAA